AUGAGUGGGGAUCAGCUGGCUUCCAGGCAAGAUUUCUACCAACCCACCUCGCUCACCUUUGGAAACCCAAACGCUCAGCCGCCCACACCCAAGCAGACCCCAACCUCCGCCGUUUUCCCGAGUCCUGUCUUCGAAACUCCCAAGCAGCGGCAAGGCCCCUUCGACGACGCCGGCGGCUGGACACCUCGAUUUGCAGAGGACUAUUCAGUCUUCAACACUACGCCGGGCAAUUUGAGAGGCUCCCAAGGCUCCUUUGCCGAUUUUACAUCCUCAACGACGACAUACCCCCCUUCCGCCGGUCUCAAGAGACCCUUGUCCGCCGAAAGCCUCGCUACUCAGAUUGCGUCCCAUGCCAAUCACCUCUCGCCCAACCCGAACUUACCCUUGCCGCCAGUUGACCCUUCUCGACGACUGCACUCCUCAUCCAAGCCCCCGACUGAACGACCCGAGUUUCCUGGUCGAGAGGACGGCCCAGCCAGCCCCGAAGCAGCUUCGCAAGAUAGGAGGAUACUGAAGGAGACGAGAGAUACAGAAGGCACCGCAGAUCUCAACGGGCAAACAGCCACGCCUCCGCCAUCUUCUCACAAAGGUGGGCGGAAGCUUGCGCCGAAGCUCCAGGUCGUCAACAUGCAAAAUGACCAUGGCUACGGCCAGCCAGACUUUUCCGGGACCCCACAGCAGCCUAAUAUGGCGUUUGUAGCUGCCACCACCGACAUGUUCGGCUAUCCCAUGUCCGCACCGGCAUCCGCAGCAGCGAGCUUCUGGGACCCAGGCGCCGAUAUGUCGGGAAUGGACAUUGAUUUCUCCUUCGGUUCUAAUGUUUUCCAGCCGAGCCAUCGUCACAUGCCAUCCUUCGACGCCUCCCAGAUGUUCCAGGAGGUUGCGUCCCUGCCGAUAGCCAAUAACCAAGAAAGUGCUCAACCAGUCAAGCGGAGCCGGCCACUGGCUCCCAAGCCUGCUAUGUCCAAUGUCCAUUCCAGCUCUGCGGAUAUCUCCAUGGCCUCCUUCACCACCUCGGCAGACGAUCCGUUUGGCAUCGUUAGCCCCGGUGCAGGAGUGGAUCCAGGCCUACUGUUCAGUCGACCGUCCUCUUCGAACAUGGAGACCAAUAUCCCGGUGACACAAGGAUCCGCUCAAUUCGCCCUUGCGGCUGCGGCUGCGGAAACUCAAUCGAGAGCGCCUAUGCGAGGCGGGGACAUCCGCCGCUCCCUCAGUUCCAAGGAGCUGGCACCCAGUAGAAUGCCCGACCAUAUGUCAGGAAGCUCACCUACCAAAUCACACGGACGUCCCAAUGGGCUUCAACGCAGCGUUAGUGAAAACCGUGGUCGUCGCGGCUUGCCAAAGGCUUUGCCUACGUUAGCCCCGGCCAUUCAACCUAGGCCGCAGGUCAGUCAUGGUCCAAUCAUCGGUCCAAAUCGGCCCCCUAGUCGACCUUCAGGCAGGAUAUCACCUCUCAAGCAGCAGCAUUCCCGACUCUCAAGUCUGACGUCGAUUCCUGAAGCCUCGAGUCCCCGCACCAGGACGUCCGUCAAGUUCACCAUCGACUCAAAAGGCAGAGCAAGAGCUGAGACCACCGUGGUGGUUGACGACCCUAGGUCAAGUAGUGCACAAAGAAGACCUGUCACAAGAGAAAUGCCUCGAAGGGAGAAGAGCUGGGAUUCAGAUGACGACGAGUCUUCGACUGACGACGAACCGAUCAUCAUUCCCAGCCGAAACACGUCUUUCGCACUUCCAGACCCUCGGAAGCCGACGUCGUCUUCCAUGUUCCACUCAUCCCGAAGAAGCGUGAGCGAACACAGCUCAAGCAGUCAUGGUGCGUCAACUUCGCAACAUGACGCUGAGAGCGAAGCGGAGACGGUGAUGAAUGAUGCACAUGGAAAAGGUGGCGACGCCGCGAGCGAGCUGCGGAAAUUGGUCGAGAGUCGCCAAAAGCGGGUUCCUCAAGUGCCCAGCAGUCAUCGAUCGCAGCGUUUCGCGUCCGGCAGCUUCGGAAACUUCCCAGGAGGAUUGGCGUCGCCAGACGCACUGACUGAGGCAAGCUUGCCAUCGCCGACAAAGACGACGUACAACGUGCGAUGUGUCUGCAGGAAUAGCGCGGACAGACCAGGAGAAUACAUGGUCCAGUGGUAUGACAUUUCCACCUCGGCAUAA